CGCGCAUAUCAUACCGCAUCAGCAACAGGCCGAAAACGCAAGCCAAACACAUUCGCAGCGAUAAACACGCAGUUGAAAUGCAAUCGAAGAAUACGUGCGCUAUCGUUAUCAGCGCGAUCAUCAUUCUGGUCAUUUGUAAUAACCUUCAAGAAUGCGACUGCGCACGCGGAGCUCGACAAAGAGGCAGAGGUCGUAUCUUCAGUCAACGCGUUCCGGUGGUAAUACAACAUCACAAUCCUGCCGCCGCGAGUUAUUACAACAAUAAAGACGGUGCAAAAAUCGUGAAAGCCAGCCAUUUUGAAUUGGAUUACAUGCUGGGACGUAAAAUAACGUUCUUCUGCAUGGCGACCGGUUAUCCACGUCCGGAGAUAGUCUGGUUCAAGGACGGGAUUGAACUGUACGCGCACAAGUUCUUCCAGGUGCACGAAUGGCCCAUCGGCAAUGAUACGGUGAAGAGCAAGAUGGAGAUCGAUCCGACGACGCAGAAGGACGCCGGGUACUAUGAGUGCCAGGCGAACAACAAGUACUCGAUUGACAGCCGCGGCUUUCGCACCGACUACGUGAUGGUCACCUAUUAAGGAGGGCAAUCAUGGCGCGCGGAAAAUUUAGCCAACACACACACAAGUAGCACAAAUAGGUCCAGGACAUAAUAAUCAACAAAUCAAGUGUGUCGUAUUAGAUGAUUGUCAUGCGCGCACACAAAUACAUUGAAUUUUUUAUGAGUAAAAUAAAGAAAUAUUUAUGGUAGCCUAUAACAA